AUGAAAUUCCUUUCGAUAAAAGGAUGGAUUGAUAAUUAUAGUGGAACAACAAGUAUUCUUACUUCAUUGGGAAAAUGUUUAUUAAGAUCAGGUCAAGCUAAUUCAUAUAUUGAUCAUCCAUUAAUUCCAGUUGAUAUUGUUGCUAAUAUGACAAUAGUUAUUGGAUGGAUUACAGCAACAAAAAAUAAUUUAUUAUCAAAUCCAAUGGUUUAUAAUUGUUCAACUGGAUCAAAUUAUAAGACUUGUGUUUCAUUUUCUGAUUAUGUUGAAAUUGUAAUUCGAGAACAAAAAUCAAUUGGAUUUGAGAAUUAUCGACUAAUUCAACCAAAUCUUUAUCUUACAACAAUAACACCUUUUUAUUAUAUUCGACGUUUCUUCGAAGAAAUUCUUCCGGCAUAUUUAAUUGAUUUCUUUUCUUUAUUAACAUUUCGUAAAACAGGAAUGGUAAAAUUGAAUAAAAGAAUUUCCAAUGUUGUCGCAACUUUAAAUUAUUUUGCAUCAAAUCAAUGGAUAUUUUCGAAUCAUAAUAGUCAAUUUUUAUUAAAUCAAAUGACAGAUUUUGAUAAAGAAGAAUUUCAUUUUGAUGUUAAAGAUAUUGAUUGGACAAUUUAUCUUCGAAAUUAUUGCAUUGGAGUGAAAAAAUAUCUCUUAAAAGAACCGUUACAUCAAUCGAAAAAAUCCAAAUUGACUUUUAGGAAAAUCUUAACGCGUUAUUUUCUUUCGCUGUUAUUCUUUUUGUUUUUGACAUGGUUUACUCGUCGAUACUUUCGAAGAAAAUUAUUUUGA